AUGCUGCCCGUCGUGCAGGAGUACUUGGCCCAAUGCGGGCAGCGGCGGGUCGAACCGUACUACGGCUUCAUCGAGCACGCCGGGGCCGGUAAUGUGGUGACAGACUUGGACUUCGCCCUGCCCGACGCUGUGCGACUGUUUGCGCUGGCGUUGCUGCGUGUCAGUCAGCGGCAGCAGCAACAAUCAGAAGCCACGGCAAAGGGGUCAAAGCUGAACGUGCUGGCGCUGCGGUACGACAUGAACAAGGGUCCCCACCACCCGCCGCGGCAGUCAAAGCGCAAGCUGCCAUACGAGACGCUGCUGGCGCGGCGCCGCCCGGCGGAGGCGAUCGUCGCACUGCAGAAUCGCGCUGUAGUGCGGAGCCUCGUUGACGGCGUGCGC